CCUGCUGCUGCCACUCGAGAUCCCCAAUUAAAUACCGACCACCUCUCCUCCGCCUUCACCCUCCGCUCCUUCGUCGUCGACCUCUCCAUCGCCUGAUCGAUUCCUCUCCCACAAAAACCCUAACCCUAAUUACGGGAUGUUUCCCCAGUUCGGGGCCACGGCGGAGAGCCUCACCAAGGCAUCGUCCCUCGUGCUCCGCAUCGGCACCGACGCCCACCUCUACGAUGACCCCGACGACGUGAGCAUCGCCCCGCUCCUCGAGAGCCGCUACGACUCCGAGAAGUGCGAGGGGCUCAAGCGCCUCCUCGCCCUCAUCGCCCAGGGCGCCGACGUCUCCCACCUCUUCCCCCAGGUUGUGAAGAACUUGGCAUCGCAAUCACUGGAGGUGAAGAAGCUUGUGUACCUGUAUCUGCUUCACUAUGCCGAAAAGCGUCCAAAUGAAGCUCUCCUGUCUAUUAACUGUUUCCAGAAGGAUUUAUCAGAUACAAAUCCUCUAGUGCGAGCUUGGGCUCUACGUGCGAUGGCAGGGAUUCGUCUACAUGUUGUCGCUCCUCUUGUAUUAGCGGCUGUAACUAAGUGCGCAAGAGAUCCAUCUCCAUAUGUCAGAAAAUGUGCUGCGUAUGCACUUCCUAAGUUAUACGACUUGCAACAGGAGGACAAUACUUCUCUGGAGGAGCUUGUGUGUAUCUUGUUGAGUGAUAAUUCUCCUGGUGUAAUUGGAGCUGCUGCCACCGCCUUUAAUUCCAUUUGCCCGUAUAAUUUAUUGCUGAUAAAGAGAAAUUUCCGAAGGCUAUGUGAGACACUCCCAGAUGUUGAAGAGUGGGCCCAGAUUAUUCUGAUUGAGAUCCUUUUACGUUAUGUAGUAGCUAGGCACGGACUUGUGAAGGAUUCCAUUAUGUUUGCUUCCACUUCUACCUUGAAUUCACAAUCCGAUCAGGAAAAUGCUGCUUUUGGUACUGUAGGUGGCGAGCCAAAUGAUUUUAAGUUGAAUAGGUUGAUGCUCCGAUGUUAUGUAGAGGGACAAGAGGAAUAUUUAUCUCCGUUUCAGCAUAUAAAGGAAGAUGGGAAUGAUCCUGAUGACUUAUAUUUGACUACUAGUAUGAAUGAUGAUGUGAGGAUUCUCUUGCGGUGUACAUCACCUCUUCUGUGGAGUCAAAAUAGUGCAGUUGUACUUGCUGCUGCCGGUGUGCACUGGAUUAUGGCUCCGAAAAAUGAAGUUGAAAGGAUUGUUAGGCCAAUAUUAUUCAUUCUGCGGUCAUCUUGUGCUGCAAAACAUGUGAUGCUAUGCAACAUAAUAGUUUUUGCCAAGACAGCCCCUUCGCUUUUUGCACCUUACUAUGAAGAUUUCUUUAUAUCCAGUUCAGAUCCAUAUCAGAUCAAAACUUUGAAGCUUGAAAUAUUAUCCACUAUUGCCACGGAGUCAUCCCUACCUGUAAUACUUGAAGAAUUCCAGGACUACAUUAAAGAUCCGGAUAGGAGAUUUGUUGCAGAUACAGUUGCUGCAAUUGGGUUAUGCGCUCAACGGCUGCCUACUGUUGCCUCUACUUGCCUAGAAGGGCUUUUGGCACUUGUACUUUAUGAAUCAUCUGUAAGCAAUUCUCACCAGCUUGAUGGGGAAGCUGAUGUUUUGGUUCAAGCAAUCAUGUCAAUUAAAGCAAUAAUAAAGCAAGAUCCCUCUGCUUAUGAGAAGGUGAUUGUACGAUUAAUUCGAAGUUUGGAGAUAAUUAAGGAGCCUGCAGCACGUGCAUUGGUUAUAUGGAUUUUCGGAGAGUAUAACUCUGUGGGAAAGAUCAUUCCUAAUGUAGUACCCAGUGUGCUAAAAUAUCUAGCUUGGUCCUUUACUUCUGAAGAGAUUGAUACAAAGCUUCAAAUCCUAAAUGCUUCUGCCAAGGUUGUGUUAUCCACCCAAGGAGAAAACCUGCUUACAUUCAAAGAGAUAUUUCAGUAUAUUGUGGAGUUAGCAACACAUGACUUGAACUAUGAUGUUCGUGAUCGAGCUCGUCUUGUUGCAAAGCUUUUGCCAUACGACAACAUUUUUCGAAGUCAAGAGCUUGCUGAGCAUAUCCUAAGUGUAAAAUUGCCUCCAGGAUCUUAUUUAGCUAAUAAUCUCCGGAUUUAUCUUCCUGGAAGUCUCUCACAGAUAGUUCUUCAUGCUGCUCCCGGAUAUUCACCUCUUCCAAAGCCUUGCAGUAUACUGAGUAAUGCUGAGGCCGGUGAAAUUACCAAAAAUAUGGGAAUAGGCAUUUCUUUGGAAAUGAACUAUCCUGACAGUUCUUCUGUGUCUUCGAUUGAUGAGAGCGGCUCUGUUUAUGAUUCUCGAAAUUCAGAUACUGGCUCAAUUGAUAGUGAUGAGGCUGGUUUCGCAAGCGAUCCAAACGAAAAUGGUCGUACAAUUGGCACUGUAGAUGGUCAAGAUGCCCUUCUAGUUUAUCUUUCUGACAGUAAUAAUUAUCAUGGUCAAACAACCCAAAGUAAUAAUGAAAAUAUAUCCGAACUUAUUUCUACAGAUUUAACAGAGAUGAUGUCCAAGUCGGCACUGGAAUCGUGGCUGGAUGAGCAACCCAAACCAUCAUCUGCGCAAAAAUCUGAACAUUCUUCUUCUGCCAGAAUUUCUUUAACUGAUCAGAGCAUUGAAAUCAAACCUAAACCCCGCAUAUUGUUAGAUCCUGUAAACAGCAGUGGAUUAGAUGUGAAAUAUGCCUUCUCAUCUGAAGUUUCGAGCAACUCUCCUUUGCUAGUGUGUGUUGAACUGAUUUUUGAGAAUGUUUCUGCCGAGUCAUUGGCAAAUAUAGCUAUUGAAGAUGAAGAAUCUUCCCGAACUGUUGAACCUCAGGACCAAGUAUCGGAAGAGACUGCAAGACUCCUCUCAGCCAAUGAAACGCCAGCCAUACAUCCUACAGAAGUGAUUGCAACUCUAGAUCCACAUCAGAUUGUGAAGAAAGUUAUUCAAGUCCAUUUCCAUCAUCACCUUUUGCCUCUCAAGAUGGCUGUAUUAUGCAAUGGGAAAAGGCAUUCAGUGAAACUCUGGCCUGAUAUUGCUUAUUUUCUACAUCCGCUAUCUAUGGAUAUGAAAUCCUUCAUAGAGAAGGAACGGCACUUGCCUGGGAUGUUCGAAUAUUCUAGAAGAUGCACCUUUACGGACCACCUUCAAGAGCUUGGACACAAGGAGAAUAGCUCAUUUCAAACCGAUAAGAUUCUUCUAGUCUCUAAAAGCUUUGCAUCAAAAAUGCUGAGCAACUCGAACCUUCACUUAGUCUCAAUUGAUAUGCCGGUUUCUUCUAACAUUGAUGAUGCAUCCGGCCUUUGUUUGCGGUUUAGCGGCGAAAUAUUAAGCAGCUCAAAACCUUGCCUGAUUACUGUUGUAGCCGAAGGUAAAGUUUCUGGACCAUUAGAUGUCACAGUAAAGGUCAAUUGUGAAGAUACCAUGUUUGGUCUUAACUUGUUAAAUAGAGUGGUGGCUUUUCUGCACUGAAGCUCCUCUGUACUUUUUCCAUUGAGUUCGAUGAUGUGAAGAAUUUUUCUUUUGAUUUUGUCACAGAUGUACACAUUAGAUAUUUUAUGUAUGAAUUCUCAAUAUUUUGUUGGUUGUACAAAUACAAGAAUGAGUGCUAAUAAUUUAUUUUUUUAAUUAUGUUA